CUACGCACACUGGGUUGGCAAAGCCUUGGCAUUGAUGACUGGGACUUUGCGCAAAAGUUAAUUGAAAACAUAUUAUUUAAUUAGUUUUUCUUUUCGUUCCAGACACGAUGCCAGAUCACCAUGGGCUCCCAUAUAUCCUCCCAGUGGAAACAUGCCAGUCCUUAAGAACCUACCAGCUCGGCUGAAGGCUGGUCGGUUUAGUGUGGACUUGGAGACUACACGCAGUGCGCUAAUUCUCAGAAAAAUGAGCCUGAACCACAAUCCAUUUGAGGAGCCUGGCUCAGACGAGGACUGGCCCAGAAGCAAUGGAGGCUCACUUCUGGAUGGGGGUGUUCCCGGGGACAGGAACCCAUUUGAGGAUGAGGAAGAUGAAAAUGAGGCUAACGAGGUGCGCCGUGGAGGAUCAGGGAAAGGAAGCUCUAUCAAAGGCACACUGGAGCGCAUAAAGGGCGUAUCUCCACUCAAGACCCUGGGCAAGCUGGGCAAGAACUUGCGCAUGUCAGGCAGAAGCAAAGGCAAGGAAACCCCCUCCCCACAGGGGUCUAUAGGUUCAGCUUCACCAAUGACGAGGAAGAAGAAAGGCAGACGGAGUUCAGAGGGGAGCCUGCUACGAAUGGCAGGAAAGUGUAAAGAUCGCAAGGAGAGUUUGAACAAUGGUGACAUGUGCUCAGAAAUCGAUGCUGACUCAACCAGUCGUCGACUCUCCUUCCUGAAGAUGGUGGGCAAGGGCAAGAUAAAAAGGGAGUCCUUGCAGGACCACUCAUCAUCACUAGGACCUGAGGAAGAGCCAGUGGAGGAAGUACCAGAGGUUAAACCUAGGGAGCCACUCUCAGUAUUGGAGAUCCUGCAGUUGGUGACGAAAAGAGAUUUGUUUUUGGCCGAUACUCACAUCCUCGAGCUGGAGCAGGAGUGUCGGGAGGCUGAAUUUCCACCAGCAGGAGGCAUUGAGGAGUUCAGCAGUCCCAGCAGCAAAGACAGCAGUCGGCGUAAAGCCAAAGACGUAGAGCUGCUAUAUGAGGCCCUGCAAAAAGAGCUGUGGGAUGUGGUGAGGGAGUCUCUGCGUUCCCCCACUGCUGGGCCCAAUCUGGGACUGGUGGUACAGGUGCUUCAGCAGGAGGAACAGGCUGAUCGGGACUGGGCUCAGGAUGAGAGAGCCACUCCAGGAGGUCCACGUCCGAGGGACUUAAAAAAACGCUGGAGGGAGGCAGUAGUUGAGUUGGCAGACGGAAACUUACCUCAGCAUGAAGAAGCCCGGGUGGGCGAGCUGGCGGCCUACCUGGAUAAGCUCAGGGUCCGGAUGGUAGAGGAUCUCGGAGCAGCACGGCGUAAUGUGGUGUCUGUAUAUCCUGCAGAAUAUGACUCCUUCCAAGUGUACACACAAAGCUACCACCAGGCUGUAACGCGUCGUCUCAAAUUAAUCACUACUGAAGAUCUGCAGAUCACUGAUAUAUACUCUUUGCUAGACUGGCUUUACAACAUCUAUAACAGGGAUGUCCUUGGAACGGUCACCAUAACAACACCCAUUAACCUCGCUCAGCUUGGUCCACUGCUGCCAGCGGAGACAGUUGAAAAACUGGAGCUCGACUGCCUCAAUUCUGUCAGGGGGAAAGUGACAACUGAGCUGUCUCAGGUUCUGGAAGAGGAGGAAAAGAGGUGGCUGGACACCCUGAACAUCGAAGAGUAUCAGAUACCUCUGGCCCGCACUGUUAUUCAGAGGCUACAGGAGGACCUUGAGAGAUCUGCAGCCAUAAACCACCAAUUGGGAUCACGAGUAGCUCAGUGCAGUCUCAAUGGACUAGCAGAUUUAUUAUACAGCUUUCAGAGAAAGGUGGAGAUGUUCCAUGAGAUGCUAGUGAGUGGGUUUGGAGAAAAUGAAGAUGGUUACAUUGCUAAAACCAUCGCCCUUGUCAACUGCUGUCCACCAUUUAGGAGCUUUGUACAGCGUUGCGGGCAGUGUGACCCCUCAGCCAGUGAGGACUCCAUUCGAAGAGGCAACACUGCUCUGGACAGGAUAGUCAACUUGAGUACGAGAGUGCUGAACGACAGACUUUUCGAACCUAUCAGGCCCCUCUUUGAUAAACUGAUUAAAAGGAAAUGGCUGAGCAACACAGAGCCUUUUGAGCAAAUCGAAGGGCACAUAAAAGAGCACUUCAAGAAGUUUCGCAGGAUGGACAAUCCACCUUACGAGGUACUGGUAGUGGAGGUGCACAGGCGUGUGAUGACUGAAUAUAUCCGGGCCAUCAUGAGGGGCAGAAUCAUCUGCACAUCACUCAAAAUGAGAAAGAGAAUGGCUGGUCGUCUCCGUGACGAGGGAAAGAGUCUAAAAACUCUUUUCAAAGAGUUGGAAUCCUCUGCCUCAUGGCUUGACAGCGUUAUUCCUCACCUGUCAGAGAUAAUUCUCUUGGAAGACACUCCCUCCAUCCAAAUGGAAGUCGGCAUGCUGGUACGGGAAUUCCCUGACAUACGGAGAAAACAUGUCUCUGCCAUACUAAAUAUCCGUGGGAUGACCCGACAGACAGAGAGGCAAGAGAUCUUGAACAUAGUGAAAGACAUCGAGAACAGUGACACCCUUACGCGGGUGUCCCGGGACAGGGCUCUUUUCGCAGAAGUGCCGGUGACAUCAGAAGUACAUUGUCUAAAUGUAGGUCUGAGCCGCAUCGCCCUCACCACCUCAUCCUUUUUCUCCAGCAUGCGGUCCCGGCGCAGGAGAACUCCAACCAGGGAAAACCAAGAUGACAUGCUAUAAUCCAGUGCAAAGGCUCUUGAGCUUCUCAGAGGGAUUUCAUACUGAGUUUUCCAGCACACAUGGUGCACUGGAGCUUUACAGAACAGUGCCAUUUGGCAAGUCAGGACAGAAGUGGGGACAUUUUUCAGAUGCUUGUGCAUUACAAGAUCUCUGAAUUGAGAAAAUGACAGCACUAAAGUUGGCAUCACUACUGUUGUUUUUGCACAGCAAACUGUGGAAAAGUUUUGUGUGAAAUAUACAGUAUAUACCAUUUCAGUGGAAUUAAAAGAUGUAAUCAUCUCAAUAUAUAGUGCAAGUGUCAUUGAACUCUAUCACUGCACAGAAUGCAGAAGUGAUAUUAAGCAACCAUCUCUAAGAAAGUCUUUUAAGAUCAUAAAUUGCAGGGGUCACAAGAGUUGAUAUAUAAAAAAAAAGAGAGAAAAAACUACUGAUCGGAAACACUGCUCAGUUUUGAAAAUUAAUAAAUUAGGAUUUUUUUUUUCUUCUGAAUCAUUCCACAUCUGAUUUUCACUUUUUGACAGUAAUUGGUCAGGAUUAAAUAGUGUUUUUGUUUUUAGUUGCAUGUGACAGAAGACUGAUUUUAAGGUACUAUGCAACAACUAUGCAUUUGUUUUGAUCAUAUUUAAAUGAAUUGUUUCAUGAUCCAGCCAUCGGUUAUCUUGUCAUAGAAGAUUAAUGUAUGUUUUAAUUUGUAAUUGUGAGAUGAAUCAAGUGUGCCUGUGAAAGAAAUGAUGAGGGGCUAUUUAAAUACCACAAGAUUUGUUUAUUGCAGUAAUAAUUUCAUUCUGCUAUAGAAAACAACAACAGUAACCAACCCAAUAGCUACAACCAAAAAUAUGUUUGCCUUAGUUAGCCUUAAUACCUUAAAGGAACUGGUCUAUACACAUUCUUAGUAUUCGUUUUGGGGUUGUUUACUUUAAAUCCCAUGUACCAAACCUUCAAAGGACCAAGCUGAAGUUUUGUAUGUACCAUGUAACAGAGUUCAUCUCCUAUAAAUAUUGUCUUUAAUCUAACUUGUAUAUGUUGAUGUGUGAACACCAUGGCAAAGAAAUCAAAGAUACAACAUUUCAGUAAACUUUAGGGUACUCUGCAUGUACACAUACAAAUAGUAUGAACUUUGACAUUAACUGAUUUUUUGGUUAUAGGAAAACAUAUUUUAUAGUGUACAAAUAUUGAAUCACAUAUUAAUAAAUUACAGA